GGUUCGAAGAGGUAAUAAAAAAAAAAAAGGGAAGACGCCUUAAAAACUUGCGGGCGUCUUCAGUGUUAACUGUUCGACGAAAUUAUUCAGAGAAAGAAAGCAAAGAAGAAAGAAGCGAAAGCAUGGGAAAGAGAAGAGGAGGUGUGAAAAGAGCAGCAAACACGCCAUCCAAAUUCCAAAAUCCAAUCUCACUGCGAGAAGAAGCGAGCGGCAAGAAGCAAACAAAAGGAGGAUCGUCCAACGUCAAAGCUAUAUUAAAACACGAACACUUGCAAAACCUAGCUGUGUGGGCAAGUGGCGAAGCUUCAAUCCCAUCUUUGGCUUGCUUUUUUGGUCACCGAUUGGCGGCUGAUGGAGAGGCCACAGCAAUCCCCCCUGACCCUUCUCUCUUUCCUUGCCAGAGAUGUGAAACAAUUCUUCAGCCUGGCUUUAAUUGCACUGUCCGCAUUGAAAAGAAUCGAGCAAAAGCAAGGCAUAGACAUAAGAAGCCUCAUAUUUUGACACAGAAUAGUGUGGUUUACAACUGCCACUUCUGUUCACAUCGGAAUCUGAAAAGAGGGACUCCAAAAGGCCACAUGAAAGAAAUGUACCCUCCUAAGUUAAAAGCAUCUUCAAUCCCCAAAGCUGUCAAGUCCAGACUUGAGAAGUCUAUUACCAGCUCAGGUAAAGAAACAAGUAAAGAUGAUCAUAAUAAGGUGGAUGUAACAGGAUCACCAGCAAUAGCUGCUGAAAAUCCUACUAAAGAUGGUCAGGUGACUCCUUUGGUGAGAGGUAGGACUUUAUUGGACGGGAAGAAGAGAAACAGGAAUAAAUCUGGGUCAAAAAAACUAGCUGAAUCUGAAAACAACCCCUCGACACCGGAUGCAGAAAAAACUAUUGGUGCUUCAAGUAAAAGGAGGAGAAAAUCUUGGAUGAGCCUUAGAGAAAUUGUUGAGAGCAGUGAGGACAAAAAUAGCAACACCCCUAAUUCUAGAAUCCCAUUUUUGUUGUAAGUAGGAUGAUCUUUAUUUUGACAAAUGAUUCCCCAGUAGGUCAGAAUUGUUGGAGUAUCUUGUCAUAGUUGAUAUUACAUCAAUUUUGGAAGGAAAUUGAUUGAAGUUUUGGCCAUAUGACAGCUGUGUUUUAGUUUUGUACGGAGCAUUUUGUUAUUUGAAAUGAGUUGCUUUUGCUUGCUAUAACGAAAGAAAUCUUUUUA